AAGAUAAAGAACUGUGAGGGUUGAUUAGGUUCAGACUUGAGUGUUCAUGCAUGUUAUAGAGAUGAAUACAACCAGGGGCAGACUGACAACUUAUGGGGCCCCCGGGCAAUAGGGGAUCAUGGGGCCCCUGUGUCCUUGCCCAAACUCAAAAAAGCCUAUGAAAAAGGUACCAGGGGCAUCUCAUGGGGCCCCGGGCAGUAUCAGGGGCAUCUCAUGGGGCCCGAGUUUCCAAAUGGUCAGUCCGCCCCUGUAUAUAUAUAUAUGUAAGUACAAU